UUUUGGCAUUUGCACAUUGUAGUGUAAAGUUCGCGCCAUGGAUAAAUUUAAAAUAUUUUUAUUAAUUUUUUGCUUAUUUAACAUCACAUCAACAAUAAAUGCAACAAAAUUAAAUUAUCCACGUGUUCUUUUACCAAUAUUUGACAAAAUAUCUAUAAAUUUUACAUUAGAAGUUAUUGAAAAAGGUUGUUUUAAAUGGAUGUCAUCAAGACAAGAUCUUAUUCUUAUCACACCGCAAUAUGAUGAUUUUGAAAGUGAAUGCUCUUCCAAAGCUGUUGUCACAGUUUUGUCACGAGAGAGACGCCGAAAUACCGCCAUUGUAUUGGCUGAAGAUACAGCUACUACAGAAGUUUUACGUUGCGAUGUUAUUUUGGAUGUAAUUGAUCAACUGAGAGUGUUGACAACAACUAGAGAAUUGUAUCUGGAGGAAGCUCCAGAAACUUUUGAAUUAUGGGCUCAAGAUUCUCAGGGCAAUGCCUUUACAACUCUUGAAGGGGUUGAGUUUGAUUGGAAGAUAUCUCCAGUUGGACAAGAUGCUGUCGUUAGCAACGAUUGGCAGGCAGCUUUAAGGUUUUUAACAUUCACAGAGAGUAGUUAUCAUGAAGUGCCAAAGUCUUUGGAGAAGUUUGAAGCCCUUCAUAUGAAAGGUUACAUGGUUCUUCUUGAAGGUAUUAACACAGGAACUGCAAAGGUCACCGUCAGAAUUCCAUAUCCAGAAUACUCACACGUACCAAUAAACGAAGUUUACAUUAAUGUCUUGGCCAAUAUUAUUCUUGAUCCCUCAGAUGUACACAUCUUAGCUGGGGACACUGUCAAGUUCCGCAUAUUGCAAUUGAAGUUGGGAAAAUUGCAAGAAAUCUCACUUAACAAUCAGUACUUCCUACAGAUUGAGGAUACAGAUGUUGCCACUAUAAGUGGGAGUCAAGCAACUGGUUCAAAAUUGGGUAGGACAUUUGUUGUGUUGCGUGAUAGAAAUGUACCAUCUGAAGGUAGUUACACGGCCGAUAGUAAUGCACCGAAAUCGCCAGUUCCUAGAGCAACACUCACAGUUAGUGAGCCAAAGAAAUUGACGGUGAACUUGUUGCCACAUUACAAUUGGAUGACGGUUGAGGGAGAAAAACAUGAAAUCGCCGUCGAUGUCUACACAAAUGGUAACCAAAAAAUUACUCUUGGACCAAAAUAUGCUGUCACUUCUCAACUUGACGAAUCACUUUUUUACGUAUUGAAAAAGUCCCAGAACGGCAGCAGAAUUUACGGAGAAGCUGUUAAAGAAGGAACAACUCCUGUACAAGCUGCCUUUAAAGAUCUAACUGCCAAAGCAGAAUUACAGAUUUUCAAAGAGCUCCUUUUGGCUCCUUCCAAAGUCAUUCUUCCAUUCGAUCCAAAUGCACCAAAGUCACAAAAAUUACAAUUUCGCGCUACUGGUGGGGAUGGUUCUUACAUAUGGACAUCCCAGCAUCCUUCGCUAUUGCAAAUUUCACAAACUGGCUUAGCAACAACUCGCAUUGACAGUGAUUUAAAAUUGCCAUCGGAUACAUUCGAUGAACGUAGUAAAGCGAUUCUGACUAAUCACGCAUAUGUUCGCGUUGCUCUCGCAAGAAAUAUCAAAAUCUCACGAACAGCAGAGGUAUAUUUCCUUCCACCGGUCAAACUGGAGAUUGUUCAGUAUAACUUUGAAACAGCGCUGCGUGAUUAUGUGAAACUUCACUUGGCUGUUUAUGCCUUUGUCAAUAAUUCAUAUGUUCCAUUCACAAAAUGUGAGAAUCUCAAUUUCAAUCUUGAGUUCACCAAUCAAAUCUUCCAAAUUGAUUCGAUUAGAGAAGAGCUAGAUCCUCUAGCACCAAAUGCUUGUCAUAUAAUUUAUUUACGCAGUACUAGCGUUGGAACUACUCACUUUAGUGUGUCGUACAAAUUCAUGGAUAAACUUCUGAAAGAUGAAGCCACAUUAAUGGUUUUUGAAAAGCUCAACAUUCUUAACCCGAUUGAGAAUGAAAUAAUUCUGCCAAUUGGAUCUUCUCGGAAUCUUUUGUAUGCAAAUGGUCCACAGAAGAUCUUCACUUUAGCAGCAGAACUGACAAAGAAUCUGCAAUAUGACAAAGAAAUAGCUGAAGUAUCGGCCAUUGAAUUUGACUCUCCCAGAGAUAUAACUGCCUUUACUGUGCUUUGUCGCAAAGUGGGACAAACAACUUUGAAAUUUGAUGUCUUCAAUCAAAUGCAGGCUAAGAAUUUCCAACCUUACAUCUCCAACUACAUAACAACCAUCUACUGUGUUAAGCCAAGAUUUUUAAAUCUUUAUGCAACAGAAAAGCUUAGACAAAGCUGUCCCAUGGAAAUGAAGAACUCUCUGAUGCAUUUGAAGGACAAGGAAGAUAAGUUUGAGAUUGAAAUUGAAAUCCAAGAUGCUAAGAAUAGGAGAUUGAUGAAUAUUUCGUCUUUGCUGAUUGAAUGGCAAUUUGCACAAGAAGGCGAAAACUAUCACAAGGACAUAUUUUACUUCCGUGAAAGUGAUGAAGAAAUUGUGGAAGGUGUAAGACUUCCAGGCAAAGAAGUUCUCAUAAGUACAAUCAAAGAAGUUACCAGUAGUUUUAAAGUCAAAGGAAUAGUAACUAAUUAUGAUGGAGCUGUGUUGGCUAAACACGGAAUUACACCUGAAAGUCCAGCUUUUGGAAUUAAAAGGGCAAAAUCAGAGAAACUUACAACACCAAUUAUUGAAAAUGAAAUCAAAUUUAUGGCUGUUAAUAGUACAAUGUUCCCAUCGGAACAUAUUUCCAUAUUUAUAUCAAAGAAUCGACCACAUAAAGUGCCAAUUCAACAAGGAAGUGGUCAUUAUGAUUUUCAGGUUUCUGAAAAUGGAAUUGUUUCAAUUGAUUUUGAUGCCAAGAAAAGGGAAUUGAUUAUUACACCACAUCGUAUCGGACAUGUUCGCAUCGAAUUAACUGAUCUAUGCUUAAUGACAGAACCAGCUCAUUUAUCAGUUUCUGUUGUUUCAAUUGGUUCAAUUAAAGUCGAAGUUCCUGAUCGCGUUGAAAGAACAAAAUCUAUUGAUGCCAUUGUUAAAUUAUACGAUUCAAAUGAUAAUUUACUUCUCAUUGAUCCAUAUAAUUUACAAAUCUAUGAGCUAACUGAAGACAUUUUCAAUCCUAACAUUUUGAGUGUUAAACUUGGUGAUCAAUUAGAUCUUGAAUUAGGUGAAAUAAGAUAUACUGUUACAGGACUUUCACUUGGUGAAUCAAAAAUAGUUUUCAAUAGUGGACAUGGAGAAUUAUUGGUAUCAAGCAUUGCAAUGAAUAUUCAGGUUUUCCCACCAUUGAGGCUAUAUCCAAGAAACUCAACUAUGGUCAUUGGUUCCAGUGUCCAAAUAUAUUAUCUUGGAGGCCCACAACCGGAUAUUAAUAUUAUUUAUUCUGUUCAUGAUACAAAUGUCAUAUCAAUGGAAUCGGCUCUAGUCAUAGCAAGAAAGCUUGGUCGUACCAAAAUCACAGGAAAAUGCAUCAGCCAGAACCCAAGCAAUGGCAAAGAUGUAAUAAUUUCCGAAGACACUGUUGAGAUUCAUGUUGUGCCGUUGAUGAAUAUUCAAAUUAGAACUCCUCUUAUUCGAAUUAAGAGCGGCUCAGUUAUGCCUGCUUUUAUUUGGGGACUUCCUGAUCUAUCGCCAAUGGUUUUGGGAACGUUAGAAAACAUGCGUGUUAUUUGGUCCAGCAAUCAACCUGAUGUCCUCGAUAUUUACAACAUUUUCUCAGAAGCUGGAAUUGAAUAUUCUGAAAAAGAUUUAAUCUCGGUACGCAUCAAAGCCCUUAACCCGGGUAAAGCCAAAGUGCAAGCAACAGUCAUUUUACCAUCUGGACAAAGGCUCAUUGCUAGCGUCGAAGUUGUGGUUUUUAAAAUGCUUGAACUGGAUUCACCCAAACGGAUAACGAUGGACUCGAUCCUCAUUGCGCCACGUAGCACAAUACAAUUGAAGGCUAAUCUCGAUGACGUUGUCUACAAACCGGAUUCGGAUGCUGCCAAUGGAAUUGUCCGAGUAUCAUCGGAUGGCAUUGUCCGUAGUGGUGAUACCCUAGGACGAGAUUUGAUAAUUGCCCGCACCUAUGAACAAACUUUGCCAAUUGGCAUCGAAGUGAAAAACGUUCAAUACAUUCUAGCCUCACUGCAAUAUCCUUCGAUUAAAUUGAAACAAACGGAAGAGAAAAUCCCUCGUGGAAUGAAUUUUGUGCUGAAGGUUUCGCUUCACGAUAAUCUGGGCAAUGAAUUCUCUCACAAUAUCGAAGAUGUCAAUGGAAUUAAAUACGAUUUGUCGCACAAGGAUAUUGUUGAUGUACAGAUUGGAAAUAAUUUGACAGUUGCGAUAAAUCUUCCAAGAGAAACAAGCAACAUGAUUGCCAUUAGUCUGAAGGACACAACCGGAGUUAAGCAUGCUGAGGAUUACAUCAAACUGUCGGUUUUAGAAUCGGGAAAUAUCUUCCCAACUAAGACAAUCUUCUCUGUUGGUGACAUUAUCUGCUUCGAUUCACCUCUAACUGUGUCCUCGCAUUGGUCCAGUUCUGAUGAACGAAUCGUUUCGAUUGACAGGAAUACUGGAGUCGGAAAAGUCUUGGGAAAUCGAUUCAAAAUGGGCGAAAAGGUCGUUGUCACAAAUGGCGAUAAAACUGGUAGCUUCCUGAAGUUCGAUGUUGAAGUUCGUGAUGCCGAUAAGAUUGAGUUCUUCAAGUCUUUCGACAUAUUUAGUGGCACUUCGUAUCGAGGACAUCUAAUCGUACGCAAUCAUCUUCAAGUGGAUAAGUUCGCCAAUUUGAUUGCCAAAAAUAUAUCUAAAUGUUCAAACUUAAUUGAUAAAGUUCCCAUAAAGUUCUUCACGUGUCAUCUAACAUCGAAGCAACAACAACAAUUGGGCGCCUUGUUGUUGGACCAUUACAAGGUAAUGCCCUAUUUUGAUGCCGAAUUGGGAACAUAUGCAUGCCAAGUUGACUUGACGACAACUUUUAAUGAUGUUCUCAACAUUGUUAAAACGAAUGAAGUUAACUUUGAGCUUGAGGCUCGAUUGCCAAACGGCCUGACAGAUGCGAUAACGUUAAAGUUUGUUCCUGGCAUUCGAGUUACUCCAGGACAAAUGUACGUUUCUGAUAUUGGCCAACAAGACAUUAUAAUCACAGGACUGGAUAAAGUUCUGCAAAAGAUUGAGGUAAAACCAUCAGAUACAUCUAUUUUAGAAGUGAUUCCUCAAGCAAAAGUACACGGCUCAUUGCAAUACAAGGUGAAACAGUUGAACCAACUACCAACAGAGGAGCAAUUGUUUAUCUAUGUGCACUCACCAUUAACCCUGGAAGACAUUGAGAUACCAAUACUUGGAAUAAAUGCUCUUGAACAAAAAUGCUCCAAUCAGCCCUUCAGUAAUUCAUCAACGUUCCUAAUUAAGAUGGUAUCAAAUGUGGGACUUAUUAUCUCCGCAUUGAUUAUCCUUGCAGCAACAAUUUGGGUGCUUAUAGUUUGUACCCCGCAACGGAAGAACAGCACCAGCUACAGAACGGAUAUCAACUCUGAAGUGUUUUCAACUUCUGCAAAGAAUAAAUCUCUGAAUAGUAGCAGCAGUCCAAUGAUGACCGGCGGCAGUGGCGCAGGAGCAGGAAACAGUCCAGGAGGAUCCUUCACUCACAGGACAGCACAAGCAACCGACCAGAUUUAUCCCAAUUUGUCCUCGUACUAUGGUGAUUCUCGAAAUAUCCCUCAUGGUUUAUCGCCUGGUAAUGAAUCACCAGUUUAUGGAGAUACAACAUUGAUAUCACCGCAAAAAAGAAUAAAUCGACGUUAUAUUUAGUAUAUCCCAACAACUUAUACAUGGACUGUUCUUACAAUAAGACUAUAUAAAUGAGCAUCUAAAUAAUUAUAUUUAUGUUCUCCUGGUUGAAAGGGGUGGAUUUUGGUGGAGGGUUUGGUUUUUUUUGGGGACCACUUUAAAACUCUUUUAAAAAAACCCUUCAAAGAAGGAGAGCAUAUUUUUUGUAAAUAAUUAUGAUAUUAAUUUUUUUUCGUCCUAAUUUAAUUUUUUUGUUUCUUU